UCAUCCAAUGAGUACUCUAAUACUGGGAUUUCUCAAGAUUCUGGGGAUACAACCAGGGGAGAUGAACAUGGGAAAAGUGAUGUUUCAGUUAACGGACAUUCUCUACCUGAACAUAUGGUUAAGAAAGCUGAAAAGAUGGCCGGACCAAUUCAUCCGGGACAGUAUUGGUAUGAUUUCCGAGCUGGAUUCUGGGGUGUUCUGGGCGGACCUUGUCUCGGCAUAAUUCAUCCAUGUAUCGAAGAAUUUAACUAUCCGAUGCCAAAUAAUUGUGCUGGUGGGACGACUGGUGUUUUCGUAAAUGGGAGAGAGCUCCAUCAAAAAGAUUUGGACUUGCUUGCUAGUAGAGGGCUUCCAACUGAUAGAGAUAGAUUUUACAUAAUAGAGAUAUCAGGCAAAGUAUUGGAUGAAGAUACUGGUGCAGAGCUACAUAGCCUCGGCAAACUUGCCCCAACUGUUAAGAAAGCAAAGCGUGGUUUCGGCAUGAAAGUUCCAAGAGUAGCUGCUUAAUGAAUUCGUGGA